UUAAUAAUACAUCGAAAUUGUUAUAGCAAUGGGCAUAGCUGGCAGUAAAACCUUGUCUACUACGCUUCACAACUGCACAUUAUGGAAGGCAGACCGAAGUCCCGCUUGUAGAUCAGUGAUGAUGGCUUUAGAUGCUAUGAACUUGAGUCUAACUGAAGUAGAUGUGGAUAUUGAUAAAGAUGAGCAUAAUCUCCCAGAAAUCGUAGCUAUGAAUCCUUUCAGAACAUUACCUAUUUUAAAAGAUAGAGAAUUAAUUCUACGUGACAGCCAUGCAAUUAGUACAUAUUUAGCUUCUCGGUAUGAUGAAUCUGAUAAAAUAUUACCUCAAGAUCCAGCUGGACGUUCGCUAGUUGAUCAAUUGUUGCACUAUAAUAGUGGAAUUCUACAGCCACGUUACUACGUGUCAGUGUACCCAAUUUUAUACGAAAAUUGCCGUUAUGUAAUGCCACAACCAAUUGAAGAUGUUGAAAAAUCCUAUCAAGAUCUUGAAACAAUGUUGACUGGGCACUUGUGGUUGAGUGGCUCGUGGUUGACCCUUGGUGACAUCGCUGUUGCAGCUACCAUUAGCACAUUGGAUGUUCUCGUUCCAGUAGACAAGCAAAGGUUUCCAUUAUUAUCAAACUGGCUUUAUCGGAUGUCCGAACAGACCUUUUUUGUUACGGCAAACAAAAAAGGGCUUAGUGAGUUUACAAACAGAAUAGAUACGGGAAAAAUUUCAGGAUUAAAUGAGUUCAAGAAAUGCCCUCGCAGUUCUUUAACGCGACGUUCAACAGGAGGAACAUUAUCAGAAACAUGACUUAAAAUAUUGAAAUACAUUUUUGUCGUUUUCAUUAAAUAGAAAAUGCAGUCAAUAACUCUUUGCAAAGUA